AUGUCUGGUAUUCAAGAACUAACCAAUAUUCCAAAAAACCCCGUCAUCGUUGUUGGCGGGGGUCUUGCUGGACUUUCUGCCGCCCAUCAAGCUUACAUGAACGGGGCUAACGUUUUCAUCAUUGAUAAACAAGGCUUUUUCGGAGGCAAUUCCACUAAGGCAACCUCUGGUAUCAAUGGUGCCCUCACAAGAACCCAAGUCGACUUGAACAUUAAAGACUCUGUCCAGCAAUUUUACAACGAUACAAUUAAAUCCGGUAAAAAUCAGGCUGAUGAAAAAUUGGCUCGAGUUCUAACUUAUGAGUCCGCCAGUGCCAUUGAAUGGUUGCAAGAUGAGUUCGAUUUAGACCUCACUUUGGUAUCUCGUCUUGGUGGUCAUUCCCAACCAAGAACUCAUCGUGGUAAAGAUGCAAAGUUCCCCGGCAUGGCAAUCACUUACGCCUUGAUGUCUAAGCUAGAAGCAAUCGCUGAUAAAGAACCAUCCAGAGUUUGCAUCUCCAAAAAAUCUAAGUUGAUCGACUUGAUCAAAGAAGGUAACGUCUGUAAAGGUAUUGUUUUCCUCAAAAAUAAUAAGGAUAAGUUUAAGGCGUAUGGCCCCGUGGUUUUGGCUACCGGAGGGUAUGCUGCUGAUUUCACUUCCCCAGACUCUCUUUUGAAGAAAUACAGACCUGAUGUCAUGGCUUUAUCUACUACCAAUGGUAAUCAUGCCACUGGUGAUGGCCAGAAACUUGUCAUAAAAAAUGGGGGUAUAGGUAUUGAUCUUGAGAAAGUACAGGUUCAUCCAACAGGUCUAGUUGCCCCAAACGACCCACAUUCAAAAUUCAAAUUCCUUGCUGGAGAGGCCCUCAGAGGUGAAGGAGCAAUCAUGUUGGAUGCCACUGGUAAAAGAUUUUGCAAUGAAUUGGGAACUCGUGAUUACGUUUCUGGUGAGAUGACCAAAGUGAAGUAUCCAAUCCGUUUGGUUCUCAACAGCAAAUCUGCGAAAAAAUUGCCAUUCCAUGUUUCCCAUUAUGAAUCUAGGGGAUUAAUGAAAAAGGAAUCUGGUGUAAAACUUGCCAAAUCCAUCGGAAUUUCUGAAUCUCAAUUACAAAGCGAAUUGGACAAAUACAAUAAGGCCGCUGCGUACGCUGCUGCAAAUCCGAACUCCGAGACAAUUGAUCCUUAUGGGAAGAAGUUCUUUGACGGUACCCCAUUUAAUACUUCCGAUACUUUCCACGUUUCAUUGAUUGAUAGAGUAGUACACUUUACCAUGGGAGGUGUGAAGAUUGAUCCAAAUGCCAGGGUUUUAACUUACAAAGGUGAUGACAAGAAUGCGUUUGAACCAAUAUUGGGACUUUACGCUGCUGGUGAAUUGGCUGGUAAUAUUCAUGGUCACAAUAGAUUAGGAGGCUCAUCAUUAUUAGCUUGUGUUUGUUUUGGGAGAGUUGGCGGUAGAUCUGCCACUAAUUAUUUAUUGAAAAAUUUGUCUAAUUCUACUACUGGUCUUGGCAAUGAACAAGGUACUGGUAGCAGAUCGGUUCCAAGAUUGAAUCAAAUUCACUUGCAUUUGAACCCUGACUUCAAUGGAUCUUUGGUUGUUGAUUUUAAUAAUAUCAAUGCCCCAAAUUCUACCGUUCCUAUCGAACCCAAUCCAAAGAAGGAAAGUUUCACUGCUCCAGCAGAAUCUGAGCCUCCAAAGGAAAAGAAAAAAGAAGUGCCAUCCAUCUUAACCAAUAAAGGAUUUGCCAUCCCGGCUAAGUACAUUAGCUUAGAAGAGCUCUCGAAGCAUAACACUGAGAGCUCUUGUUGGAUCGCUGUGAAAAAUGUUGUAUUAGAUUGCACAAACUUUUUUGAUGAUCAUCCAGGUGGUAAGCAAUCUUUGAUGAAUUUUGCUGGUAAGGAUGCUACAAAAGCCUUUGAGAUGUUGCAUGAUGAUGAUGUAAUUCCAAAAUACGCUGCUUCGACAGUUAUCGGUGUUUUGAAGGGUAAAAAGCCGGAGUUGGAUAUAUAA